AUGGCGCCCCAGGCCUCAUCGUCGGCUGAGCGCCACCUCCAUGCGAAUGGAAAGGCGGCCGUGGUGGUCUCGAGAUCAGAAAAGCCCCCCGGUACACCACGAAGAGAUAAGAGUCAUGGGCGAGAGAGUUCGGCGGUGCAGGACCCGGGCCUGAAGGACUAUCGUCUCGGCGAAUGUCUUGGCAAGGGUGCGUUCGGGUCGGUGUAUAAGGCCUUCAAUUGGGGCACUGGGGAGGCAGUCGCUGUGAAGCAGGUCAAACUAGGUGACCUGCCCAAGAGUGAGCUGCGUAUGAUUGAGUCCGAAAUCGACUUGUUAAAGAACCUUCACCAUGACAACAUUGUCAAGUAUAUAGGCUUCGUCAAGUCUGUCGAUUGCCUUAAUAUCAUUCUCGAAUACUGUGAAAACGGCUCCCUCCACUCGAUCCUCAAGGCAUACGGCAAAUUUCCCGAAAACUUGGUGGGCGUUUACAUGACUCAGGUUCUCCAAGGCCUUCAAUAUCUCCAUGAUCAGGGUGUGAUCCAUAGGGAUAUUAAAGGCGCCAACAUCCUAACGACGAAAGAUGGCACUGUGAAGCUUGCAGACUUCGGUGUCUCGACUAGCACCUUGGCAGGGAAUCAGGAUAAGGAGGCCCAGGUGGUAGGCACGCCGUACUGGAUGGCACCCGAGAUUAUCCAGCUUUCUGGAGCUAGUUCGGCCUCCGAUAUAUGGAGUGUGGGGUGUACUGUGAUCGAGCUACUCCAGGCUAAACCUCCAUACCAUAACCUCGCAGCUAUGCCGGCGUUGUUUGCGAUCGUCAACGAUGAUCAUCCACCGCUUCCCGAAGGCAUAUCACCUGCUGCGAGAGACUUUCUCAUGCAAUGCUUCCAAAAAGACCCUAACCUGCGUGUAACGGCCCGGAAACUUCUUAGGCAUGCUUGGAUCGUUGGUUGCCGUCGGAGCGAACCCCAAGUCGCCAAGGCGCCAUCGAACUUCAGCCAGGCAGUCGAGGAAGUGAAGCAGUGGAACAAGGCCCUCAAGUCUUCUGAAACGUCUCUCCGAGCCUCAACAGGCUCCGACGGCGCGCCUCCCAUGGCUUCUGGUCAAGGAGCCUUACGGUUUAGGGAAGCUGACCCUCUUCGAUCGAAUCACGCUACUCCCGCGAGAGUUGCCCUGGCGAAGCCCCGUGCUCUUCCCGAAGCGUUUCGGUCCCCGGAGUUGGCGGAUGACGAUAACUGGGAUAAUGACUUUGCCACAUCCAUCUCGCCGAGUGCUCUGCACCUACCACACCUCAAACCCCAGGAUAACUUCGGUGGCCUGUUGUCCGCCGAUCGUCUGAAAGCCUUCGCAUCUACGAUGGAUCUCAAUAACUCGUCCGAGAACUACGAUGACGACUUUGAAGGAGAGCUCCUGACCAUCAAGGUUGCCAAGCAGUGUCAUGAUGAUGACGCCCUGGAGAAAACGAUCCGGCCGAUAACCCGAAAAAUCGAAAGGAGCCAAGACCCAGUAAAGUCGCAUUCACGAAAGCACUCGCGGAACUUUUCGAGAUCCAGUACGGCUCCUGUAUCCUUGGGUGGAAGAUCUCCAACAAAGCCCAACUUUGGCGGUAGCAAGAUCGAGCUUCCUGCCCGACCAGACCUUGUGUACAGGGAAGAGUCUGUUGAGGACUUUUCCGACCUUCAAUUUGAUAAUGACCACGUGUUCAGUAAAGGGCUGAACCUGGCUGUUAAGAGGGUAAGCGUGCAACCCGCCAUCAUGGAGAACAUCGCAGAGAACUCGAAACGAACUAAGACACCUCCGUCAUUCAAGGGUCCUCGGCAGAGUGAUGCGCCCCAGUUGUUCCACCCGUCAGACCUUACUAGCCUACCGCGCUCUAUGCAAUCGCCGGCGGUGUCUGGUAGCAUACGGCGGCAGAUCUCAUCGCGGCCGUCAGUGUUACCCGACCGAUCCAUGCGUAGGUCGAGGUCAUCGGCUGAGAUUGAACGAUUUGUCGAACCGGACGAUGACGAGGACUUUUCCGAUAUCCUGGGACCCGGCGACGAGUUAACCCCAAAGGACGAAAGCGACCACGGGUCCGAGAACGGCUUCAUGUUGGCUUCGAAGUUAUCGAGCAGCUCGUGGCUUGGUGAUGACGAUGAUGAGGAUGAUCCGUUUGCGUCGAUGGAUCCUGGGUGGGAUGAGCUCGAUCUCAAGGCCAACAUCGCACGAGAUCGUCAUGCGCGGCUAUGCGAGAGAGUGGAGGAGCUCGUGCGUUCCUUGAAAACCACAGAGAGCGAGGAUAUCCUAUGCGAGUUAGCCGAGGACUUGCUUGUCCUUCUGUGGGAGAACCCUGAAGUCAAAGGCCUAAUCAUUACGGCUCAUGGUCUUCUCCCAAUUCUAGAAAUUCUUGAGCCUUGCACCGUCAAGACUCGGCAGCAUAUGAUCCUCCAGUUACUCAAAGUCGUGAACACAAUUAUUUUGGAUGAUGUUGAAAUUCAAGAAAAUUUGUGCUUCGUUGGUGGUAUUCCGAUCAUUACCAAGUUCGCUGCGCGGCAAUACUCGAACGAGAUACGUUUAGAGGCAGCAGCCUUUGUUCGACAGAUGUACCAAACAUCGACCCUGACGCUGCAAAUGUUUGUCAGUGCCGGUGGUCUCAACGUUCUUGUGGAGUUCCUUUUUGAAGACUAUGAUAGCGCGAGAGACCUCGUGCUUAUCGGUGUCAAUGGUAUCUGGAAUGUGUUUGAGUUGCAGGGGCCUACUCCGAAGAACGAUUUCUGUCGAAUCUUCUCAAGGAGCAAGAUCCUAUACCCUCUGGCACUUGUUCUUCAUAGGGUGCUCGAUGAAGAAGACGAGAAUGAGUUGUCCGAGUUAAUCGAAGGCCGCAUUGUCAACAUCUUUUAUCUGUUCUCACAAGCAGAAAACUAUGUCAAGGAGGUCGUCGCAGACCGGCAAGUGCUGAAGAGUGUUCUCAAGGACUUGCGCCGCAUGACCCCUGCCCACCAGAUCACGAUGUUGAAGUUUAUCAAAAAUCUCUCCAUGCUCUCGACCACCCUGGAAGUUUUACAUUCCGCGGAUGCGAUUGACUUCUUAAUCGACCUUCUCAGUUAUAGUAUGAAGAAGGGACACACUCACUUCCGCGAGAUCUCGAAUCAGGUCCUCAAUACAAUGUUCAAUCUUUGUAGGCUCAGUAAGGAACGUCAAGAGGAUGCGGCCGUUGGAGGAAUCAUUCCUUUGCUUCUGCGGAUCAUGAGGACGGAAAGGCCACCCAAGGAGUUUGUCCUGCCGAUCCUUUGCGACAUGGCGCAUUCGGGCAGAACGGGUCGGCGGUUCUUGUGGCAGAAUAAGGGACUCGAUUUUUACGUGUCUCUACUAGCCGACCAGUACUGGCAAGUUACGGCACUUGAUGCCAUUCUGGUCUGGUUGCAAGAAGAAACGGCCAACGUCGAGAGUCAUCUGCUGGAGAGCGAGUUUACCAAGACCAUUCUGUCUUCCUUCAGCACGAACAGACUCAACUCGUUCGACUCUAACAUCCUCGAACCGCUCCUUAAGCUGCUUCGUCUGAGCCCUUCGAUUGCUGCGUCGCUCGCCACCCCAGAGAUGUUUGCGGGUAUCUCUCAGAGGCUCGGCCACAAGAAGCCUGUGGUCAGGUUGAACCUUUUACGUCUUGUUCGCAUCAUCAUCGAUGCGGGCGACCAAGACGUGGGUCUCGGAAAUGGCUCCGGCGCUCUCAACAGCAAGCAGGUCAAGUCCUUGAUGGAUGCCAUCCAACUCCUGGCCGAGAAGGACUCGGCCGUUUUGGUCCGAAACUUAGCGGCCGAGCUUGUAAAGCUGAAGAUUGGGGCGGAGGCAUUCCCCGACAUGUUGGCCGCGCCUCCUGUCAUUUCAAGCUCGGCAGCCGGACCGACACGGCGACCUGGCUCUGGAAACAGAAGGAAUAACUCCUACACCCCGCCGAGCCUGCAUGUCUCGAUGUCUUUGCCGCCUACGCCUACGCAGUCCGGGUCUCGGCAUCGGCCUAGUAUAUCGGGGUCCGGUAGCGGUGCGUAUAUCGAGGUGGCGGCUAGUCCUCGCCGGACACCAGCUUCGAUAACCCACGAACGAGACGCGAUUCUCUAUCGACCCCGUAGCAGGGAUGGACCGACCGGAAUACCGCGGAGAGUUAGUGGCGAUGCGGCCUCGGCGGCAAACAUUCUCUCCAAUGGAAGCGGUUCGAACACAUCUAUUCCCAGCAAGAGCCGGCUGCCGAGGACAUCGAUGGCCUAUUCGAGAUCGAGCAUGUCGGGCGGACAGCCUCCGAUUGUCACUCUGUCGGAGAGCGCGCUGUCGAACAAAGAAAACGUCAGCAGAGCCUCUAGCAGUGGCGCCUCGGGCUCGACGACAGGUUCGCCGGCCCCGAUCAGCGUCAUUGCCGGGAAGAGGCGGAACAGAGCACCGAGCUCUGACUCGAAGUGGUCAUGA